AUGGCUCCAGCCCAUGGCCACACCGGUCCAACGUCCAUCUCGGCACAACAACGGUGGCAGCGGCCCCGGUGGGUGGGUCUCGGUGACGUCAUUGUCAACACGUGGCAAGAGCAAAACAAUCUGCCUCCGUGCUUCCUCCUGCUCGGUGCCCUCGAAAGCGCGGUCAGACCAAACAUCAACGUGUUCCGUCUCAGCUUAGAGCCAGCGCGCAGGCUACGUGCCUCGUCGCAAACCCUCUCGCGUGCUCGCUCAUUCACCACUUCCACACCCACGACCGCCAAGGAGAUCCCGAUCAGUUCCCUCCCUUCCGUCAACAACGUCCGUGUCGACACAUUCAAUAGCCUUCCCACUGCCUCAGUCUCGCACACCACCUCUGCCGGCGGUCUCUACAACUCGGCGGCCACUGCCUCAACUGUUGCAUCUGGUCUCCUCACCCGCGCGUCGUUUGCAGCGUCUCUCACGGCGCUCGUUUCAUCGUCUGCCUCCACCCUCGCAUAUUCACCUGCGCCUAUCUCCCUCCCCGCGAACGUUUCCGCGGGCAGCGAGCUCAUGCCCAGCGCCCAGACACCGCGCUUCCCCUCCACCCCCGUCUCGGCGGCCUACGACAACUCUUCGCGCGAGCACCUAUCAGCUCGGCGCCCUCCUUCUCCUCAUCCUUUCUCCUCGUCCUCUUCGUCUUCUGUGCUCUCUGCAGCAACCCAUCGGCCCUCUGUCGACUCCCUAGUUCACCCCGAUCGUCGUGCAUACGUCACUCUUUCUGGCGAGCAGCAGCAAGCGCAACAGAAACGACUGGCCUCGAUCCCCAUUCCCAAGUCGGCGAGCUCGGAACUCCCAUUUGGGUUCCCUAACUACAAGCGUAGUCUGGCGGCCUCACCUCAAAGGGCGAACAACAGCAGCAACAACCGCUACAACAACACCAACAGCCAGCCUGUCGCCAAGCGCGCCAGAUCUGAGAACAACCAACAGGAAUCUAUGACAAGUGGUGGACGUCGUCGCCCCAACGGGGCCAAAACUCAUGCGGCCACCCCACGCGGUCCUCCUCGCCCUACUCCAGGCCAAAAGCAGCUGCCUGGUCCUCUGCGCUCGCACGACUACAUUCUGAACGAGUUCAACCGCGUGCCUGUCAAGGAGCAAUGGGUGGCCAACCCCAAGGCCCCUCUGUCCAACUACCUCGGUGGAGGCGGUGGAGGUGCCAGCAUUGAGGGCAGUGUGUUCAAGUCCGAGGAAGGUAUGGUGGACGGCAAGAAGGUCUUUCGUGUGACGGUCGUUGCCAACACUGUGCUGGACAUUAUCGGUGUGGGAGACGCGUCGUCGCGCAAGGAGGCGGAGAAGCUCGCAGCACUGAGCGCAGUGCUCCAGCUCGCCGCCGCUGGUCAGCUUGACAAGAAGGCUGCCGCCGCGGCACAGGCCACAGGGGCUUCGGUCGUUCCGGGUGUCACCGCAGCGCCAGCUCCUGCAGUUGCCGAGUCUGUCAAGUUGUCCGAUGGCACGACGAUCUCCUACGACAGGGCACGCCAGUUCAUGGAGUACUACUGCGUCCGAUUCAAGUUUGGCAAGCCCGAGAUUGAGUACUCUACGUCAUCGACUCCCAAGGCCCCACAGCAACGUCGCAAAAAGGGCGGUGGUGGUGGUGGUACCACCGCCAUGUGGGAGGCCGUGAUGUCUGUUGGCGGUCGCAAGAUUGGCAUGGGUACGGCGCCAAGCAAGAAGAAUGCGCAGAUUCGGGCCUACCUUGACGUCACGCAAUACCUCGAGAGCUGUGAUCAACAGUUGUGGGCCGACUUUGCCGAGUACACCAAAAAGGACCCCUAUGGCAACGCAAGCUUUGGCCUUGCUCCGCACCUCGUCUUCCAAAUGUCUGACGCCCUCAACGAGGACAUUCAGGGCCUCUGUGGUGACAUCCGUCACUCUCUCCUGCACUUCAACGCCCCCCCAGCCAACCAGGCCAUGGCAGCCUUGCCCCACGCCCCAUCAUGGAGCGCCGGUCGCCGGUUCUUUGGCCAGUCCGAUCUGAAGCAAAAGUCGACAUGGCUGCAGAACAAGCUGCUAGAGUACGAAAGCGACCCAAAGCUCGAAUCCAUGCGCAAGACCCGCGCAGCCCUGCCCGUGUACUCCAAGUCGAGCGAUAUCCUUGCCAAGAUUGAGGUGAACGACGUGACGAUCAUCAUGGCUGCGACCGGUUCGGGCAAGACGACCCAGAUCCCGCAGCUCAUUUUUGACGACUACAUCAACCGUGGGCAAGGUGCUCAGUGCAACAUUGUGUGCACCCAGCCCCGCCGUCUGGCCGCCACGUCCGUCGCUGAGCGUGUCGCCGAUGAGCGUGGAGACCGCAUUGGCGAGCAGGUCGGCUACCACGUCCGCUUUGACGCAAAGCAUCCCAAGCCCAACGGCAGCAUAACGUUCUGCACCACGGGUAUCUUCCUCAAGAGGAUGCAGUCGUCGCUCGGCCAGAAUGCCGACCCAGACUCGAUCGCGUCCAUGGACCAGGUCUCGCACAUUGUCGUUGACGAGGUGCACGAGCGUGACAUUGACACCGACCUGUUGCUUGUCGUGCUCAAGCGUCUCAUUGCGGACCGCAAGGCUCGCAAAAAGCCACUCAAGGUCAUUCUCAUGUCCGCCACCAUCGACCCUACCCUCUUCCAGUCGUACUUUGCCGACGUCCGCGGACGUCCCGCACCCGUGGCCGAGAUCCCAGGCCGUACAUUCCCUGUCAAGCGACACUUGCUCGAUGACUAUGUGGGCGACCUGACUAGUCUUCCAGUGUCAAUGGGCGGUUGGGUGUUCCAAGACGCAAAGGUGAAACAGUAUCUGGAGCAGGAGCUCGGCACCAACCCCGACCACUUUGACAGCAAGAACGUCGCCACUGCCGAGCUGGAGAUUCCCUACCCGCUGGUGGCACUCGCCAUCUCCCAUGUGCUCCGCCAGACCGACGACGGCCACGUGCUCGUCUUCCUUCCUGGAUGGGACGAGAUUAAGAAGGUGUCUGACAUUCUUCUGGACGCGGCCCGCACCCGUCCCCUGUACGAUACCGACUUUAACGACACGACAAAGUAUAGCGUUCACUACCUGCAUUCGUCCAUUCCCGCCUCUGAGCAAAAGGAGGUGUUCCGCCCGCCUCCCAAGGGUGUGCGCCGCAUCAUCUUGGCCACCAACAUUGCCGAGACCAGUGUGACCAUCCCCGAUGUGGUCUAUGUUGUCGACUCUGGCCGUGUCAAGGAGAACCGUUACGACCCUGACCGUCACAUGUCGUCACUCGUGUCUGCUUGGGUGGGCUCGUCCAACAUUGGCCAGCGUGCUGGUCGUGCGGGCCGUCACCGUCCCGGAGAGUACUAUUGUCUGGCGUCCAAGCGCCGUUUCGAGUCGCUGGACCCGCACCAGCUGGUCGAGAUGAAGCGCUCCGACCUCUCCAACGUGGUCAUGCACGUCAAGGCGCUCAACCUUGGCGAGGUCGAGGAGGUGCUGGGCCAGACCAUCGAGCCCCCAGGAAUCGACCGUGUCGUCGCUGCACUGGAAACGCUGCACAUGCUGGGUGCCUUGGAUUCGAACAAGAACCUCACCCCGCUGGGCCGUGUGCUCUUGCAGCUCCCGACCGACCCUGCCAUUGGCAAACUUUGUCUCAUGGGCUCGUUCUUCCGCUGCCUCGAUUCGGCUCUCACGCUCGCUGCCAUCCUGUCCAGCCGCGACCCCUUCAUGUCUCCCAUUCUCCUCAAGCAACAGGCCAACCAAAUCAAGGACUCGUGGUCGCCCCGUGCCUUCCGCUCAGACCCGCUGGCCACUGUCGCCGCGUACAACGUGUGGUCUAGCAUGGACGACCGCGGCGAGUUUGCCUCGGCCAACAGGUUUUGCAAUGAAAACUUCCUGUCAAAGGCCACGCUCCUUUCCAUCAAGCAGAUCAAGAGCUCGCUCUUGCAGUCGCUUGACCAGGCCGGCGUCAUUGCCGUUUCGGCGGGUGGUGGCGCGGGCCGCAUCUACCGCAGGCAGUCGGAGGUGCCCAUGGCCCUCCGUGAGAAUGACAACUCGCUGCCCCUGCUCGCGGCGCUCAUUGCCAUGACUGUGGCGCCCAACUUUGGUAUCAAGACGACCGAAAAGACCUGCCGUACCGCCCAGGACAAGCACGUGUUCAUCCACUCUGCGUCGGUCAACUCGAACAAGCGCGACGUCGGCGGUCCCGAGAUGCCGUCGGCGUCGUUCAACCCUGCCGAGAAGCGUCUGUACGCCUUCGGCGAAAAGCACCGCAACGUCGCCCCCGGCGGCACCACUGCCAUCACGCAGAUCCGCAACGUGACGCGUAUCGACCCGCUCACGUACCUGCUGUUUGGUGCUUACGACGUGGCCGUGACGUCGCGCGGUCUCGAGUGCGACCGCUGGCUGCCGAUCACGGGCGACCUGCACGCGCUCGACGACGUGCAGCGCCUCAAGACGCUGCUCGACAUGUGCAUGCUGCGCGUGUACGAAGGUGUGGGCAAGUCGCUCCUGCGCGGCCGCGACGAGCGGCACGCGGCGUCCCGCAGCGUCGUGGACGUGCGCCAGGGCUCGAGCCGCAUCCGCGCCGGCCAGACCCUCGACGAGGACAAGGAGAACGAGUCGGACGACGAGGACGACGCCGCAGACACCGUCACGGCCAACGGCGGCCAGCCGGGCGUGAGCGGCACGGCGCGCUUCCAGGCCGAGCUCACGCAGCGCGCCAACCGCAAAGUGGAGCCGCUGUCGGGCGACGAGAUCCGCGAGCUGCAGAUGCUCACGACCGACGUGGUCAAGAUCCUCGAGGCGUACGCGCACGAGCGCGAGGGCUCCAACAGCACGUACUCGAGCAGGCCGGCGACCCCGAGCAACGUGUACCGCCCGCCGCCUGCGAGGGGUGCUGGCGGCGGUGGUGGUGGUGGCGGCGGUGGUGGUGGUGGCGGCGGUGGUGGUGGUGCGAGGUGGUGA